AGCCCUCUCAGUGACACAUCUCUUCUCACCCUCUCUGGAAUUCUGGCAAAGAUAGAGUCCGAUCAGAAGAGGAAAAAGUCUGCGGUGGUGCCGGCGGAGCAGAAGGAGAAGCAUAAGCAGCAUCUGAAGAAGGCGAAGAAGAUGUCGUCGUCUAGCAACAGGCACGGUGGUGAUGGAGGUGAGGUUAGGGCAUCGCACAUACUGGUGAAGCACCAAGGUUCGAGGCGCAAGGCGUCGUGGAAGGAUCCAGAAGGCCAGGUCAUCAAAAACACCACCAGAGACAGCGCCGUCUCUCAGCUAAAGGCCUUCCGUGACGACAUCGUUUCUGGCAAAGCCAAGUUUGAGGACAUCGCCUCUCGCUUCUCCGAUUGCAGCUCUGCCAAGCGCGGCGGCGAUCUCGGUCCUUUUGGCCGUGGCCAGAUGCAGAAGCCUUUUGAAGAAGCAACUUACGCUCUGAAAGUUGGUGAGAUAAGCGACAUAGUGGAUACUGACAGUGGAGUUCACAUAAUCAUGAGAACAGGUUGAUUACUGCAGGACCAUGGAGUAAUUUUGUGUUGCUCCUCCUGCUUGGAGAGAACAGAUUACAUCUUUUUUUAGAUUGGUGCGAGUAUUGUUCAUCUGGAUUUUUCUUAACCGAAUAUUUUAGACAUGGCAUAACCGUGACCUUGGAUGAUUGAUGCUUUAUUGUUUUCUCUAUAAUUGGAAGUUGUAUGCGUAACUUUGAAUGGUUGAAUGCUGACAUAUGACAUUUGCACUCUCUUUUCCACGGCUAGAGCCCGGGAACUAUAUCUAUUAUGUACAAGUAUAAUAUACUAUAACAAAAAUUCCCAUUGCAAUUUCAGCA